GCGUCGUGGCUACAGCUUCCACCCUCUGAAGCACGUUGCGCGACCCUUAUUGUCACUAUUGAGAAUCAGAUUAAAAAAAAAAAAAAAAAAUUGAAACACAAAAAAUUUUUUCAUUCUAACGUUGCGAUAAUAACGGCAUAAAUAUCACACACACACACACGUAUAUUCUGGAAUAUAUUCGAAUACAUAUUGGCGUGUGUUUUAUCAUAUAACGAUGUCGAAUAACGGUAUGCUGGAGAUAAUAAUGUCAACGUGCCGUACAAAGUGAAGACGAUGGUACAUCCGAGUAUUGACGAUUGAUGAAAAGAUUUCGAGAAUUUCGAGAGGACCCGAGAUAACACAGUGGUGCGAAUUUCAAGAGGAAUUUAUUCGAUUUCAAAUAAAUCUUCUUCCUUUCACUAUUCUCUUACACUUCGCCAGAUAUUCGUCAUCCGCAGCUGGUGGGAAAAAGAAAUACUUUUCUUUUCAAGCGAAACUUCGAUGACUCGAAUCGUGCGAGACAUUAAAAUUUUCGAAUCUGUGAAAAAAAUUUGUCAACGAGUUCGAUUUGAAUAAAUCAGAUCGCAGCGUGUCUCUUGUGGUGAAAAUCGAUCGGCGCCGAUAUCGUCGAUAAUAAUUGAACGAAUUUUAAUUACAUUACGCGAAUCAGAGAUCAACAUGAGAUCUUACUUCAAUGACAAAUAUUACCAAUCGCUCCGACUCAACCGGCGAUGGUAAUUCCGGUAUAACUCGAAUUCCCAUUAAAUUGGGAUUGUCGCAGACAAAUUAUACCCCAUCCCAUUCGAUAGCGAUCUCUAAUUAAUUAUCAACGGUGAAUAUCGAUAAUUAGUUUGCGGCGAGCGGAGGAAUAGAAGUCGAUUCACAUCCUCAAAAUCCUUUCCGAUCCAUCGGUUCUACCUGUAUAACGUCGAAAGUACACAAGAGAGAAGAAAGAAAAAUACAAUCAUGUACGCGUGGUAUCGUGAACGGAAGAAUUUAGCGUCGUAGUUCGAUGCGAACGAGUGACAUUGCGAUGAUUACGUUACGCGUGUUUCUGUUUUCGUUCGAGACCGCUGAUAAGUUAUUCGUAGUGCGGAGCCGGUCGGAGUAGGGCCGAUCGUCCAGUUCUCCGCGGUCUUCUACCGAUUUCACGCCAGCCUUCGGCGUCAGCGUCGAAAUUUCUAACGCCAGUGCACAAGGAUUAUAAAAGUCAAAAAUUUUAAAAGUGAAUCAUCACGACUGUCGCCUGGACCGCAACGGUGGUAGGAACGCCGUCCGUUUCGGGAUUUAAACAAAGUCUAAAUACAGUGCGUGUGAAUGAUGUAACGAUCGCCGCCUGGUCUCAGUGAGGGAUGCGAUUUUGGGUGAUCCAAAAUUUGCGCACAUUUUCAAUGGGAGUCCUCGGUGCCGCGUGAGGAGAGUGACUUCGUUUUUUGGAAACAAUAUCGUCCCGAUUUUUCGUCGCAGUUGCGACGCCAGCGGUUGAAUUAUUGGGAUACUUCCCGCCAUUGACUUUCGAUAGUCCGGUUCAACGUUGACCCGCUCGCGCAAGUUUUUGAAACGAAUAAGACCGGCGAAAAAAAGAAAUCGAAAAACAACGCGAGCUCGCGAAGAAUUUCGUGACACACAUAUAGAACGUACAACAUUUUGUGCCGCAUCUUUUCGACUCGCACUCCGCCUGGUCGGUGCAAAAGUGAUGAAUAGUGACAUCGCGUGAUAUCAAACGUUCCCAGGGUGAUUACUUACUACAAACACUUUUAUACAACCAGAACUAUUUUCCACCGAUGUUGGACUGACAAAAAGGAUUAACUCAACAACGGUAGAAGUGAGUGAUAUUAUGUGAUACGAAUAAUUGAAAAAUGUUCAUCGAUAAAAUGAUGAAUACAUCGAAAACACGAUCUACGAUGUGGCUGGUGGGCGUCGUCGUUGUAUUCGCGGUCAUCAGUAACGCUUUCGGGGCCCACGGAAGUAGCGGGAAGAUUUCCGAUGGUUCGCAAAACGCCUUGGACAACGGUGCCGGGCGUCUCGGUCCUUACUUCGACAAAGCAGCCUCCAAAAAUGUCACAGCUCUAUUGGGGAAGACCGCAUAUCUCAACUGCCGCGUCAAGAACUUGGGCAACAAAACGAUGACGUUGCAGGUUUCGUGGGUCCGUCACAGGGACAUCCACUUGCUGACCGUCGGUCGUUACACGUAUACGAGCGACCAACGUUUCAGAGCGAUUCACCAGGCUCCGACCGACGACUGGACGUUGCAGAUAAAAUAUCCUCAACAUCGCGACAGUGGAAUAUACGAGUGUCAAGUGUCAACGACGCCGCAUAUGAGCCACUUCGUACACCUCAGUGUCGUCGAACCUACGACGGAGAUAGUCGGUGCUCCAGAUCUUUACAUUAAUCGUGGAAGCACGAUCAAUCUGACCUGCAUCGUUUGGUACAGUCCGGAACCACCAGCUUACAUAUUUUGGAAUCACAACGAUACGAUCAUCAACUACGAUUCCCCGAGGGGCGGAGUUUCCGUAGUUACGGACAAAGGUGACAGUACCAGAAUGUUCCUGUUGGUCCAGCAGGCCAAACCGACGGACUCUGGACAAUACACGUGUAACCCGAGCAACGCACAACCAAAAUCAGUAAUGGUUCACGUCCUCAACGGAGAGUAUCCCGCGGCAAUGCAACAUGGCGGUCAAGCGAAACAACCGCGUCUAUAUUCCCUGCUUUUAUGUUUGUGUCUGUUACUUUACUGAAUGAUAACUACGACAUUAAUAAUAAAACUGUUAACAACAAAAUUGAACUGAAACUCGUAUUAUAGGGAUCCUGCGCGGCAGUUGUAAAAGCAUUUUCCUUCGUCGUUGCAGGAAAUUAUUAGAGGAGGAAAGGCAUGAAAUCGGAAAAUCUGUAUAAAUGUUAUAAUAUUCGCCCCCCCACACACAUUGCUCGAACGACAUCACAUAUACCGUCAGCGUGAAAUCCAACGGGGACAAAAAAAAUGAGAAGCAAGCAACCGAGUAGAAAUCUUCGAUCCUCCUAGCCAUCUCAAUCAAAAUUUCUUCCUCCCCCGCCACCGGACAAAAAAAAAAAAAAAGCAGAAUUGAAUUUUAACGAUACUUGUUCAACGAUACUGCGGUCGCACGAAUAGGUAAUUAUUUCAAGUGUACCUGAAUUGUCUUUCCGCAAUUAUUGAAUGAAAAAAUCUCUGUACGAAAAUUUUUUUAGUGCCCUUAUCAAUUACACAAAAAUGACGUACGUUAUACAUAAACCUAUAUUUCUGUUACAAAUGACUGGGGGUCGAGAAGUUGGGGGGGGAAAAAAGAUAACAUUUUACCAAAAACGACGAAGUUUCUAUGUUCGAACAUGAGAAAAAUAACGAGAGAAGAAACGAGGGAAAGAAUCAUGAUUAAUAAAAUAUAAAAAAAAAAAAAAUACAAAAAUCUAUAACUAUCAUAAGAAAUAAUUUCUUCGCUGUAAAUAUGUAUUGAAACGGAAAAUAAUUGUUUAAUAACAAUAAAGUAACAUUAAAAAAGAAAAUCAAUUAAAAUAAAACAGAAGUAAAGAGUUUAGUUGUUUACUUAUGGCUAUCUCGACAAUAUAAGAUAUAUUGUAAUAGUUAGGUAUAUGCAUAUAAAUAUUGAUAGUACCCAUUGAUAAUUAUAUUUUGAAAUAUAGUUUCGUAAGGUGAAAUAGAAAAAAAAACAAUUACAAAAUGUAUAAUGAUCAUUAUUGUUAUGAUAAUUUUUAUUGUCAUCAAUGCAUAUGAUAUCACUGGUGUGUAGCACUACCUUGCGAUUGAUUUCAUUCGAUUUUUUAUUCCAUCUUGUUUCACAAGUAUGAAUUGUAUAUGUUGAAAAAAAAUAUAGGUAUAUAUAUUUUGGCCAAAUACCGCAUCGGUGAUUUAUAAUUUUGUAUGUGAAUUAUACGGAAAACGACGCAUACAAAAAAAAAAAAAAGAAGAAAAUAAAUGAUAUUGUUAUAUACCUGGCAUAAAAUGAAUAACUAUAUACCUAAAUAUAUUAUAUAUAGACAGCUACGAUAUAUAAUAUUACAGAUAUAUAUCUAAAUACAUAUAUAAAAAUAUUCGCGAGAAUAUUAGCCGCGCAUAAAUACCUAUAUAUUACACAUGUGAUGUUAUUUUUGUUAUUCCAUUACUUGUGUACCUAAUUAUGUAUUAAUCAAGCUCAAUCCAAUUCUAACAAUUCACAAUUAUUUGGUACAUUAUUUUCGCGAUUGAACAAAAUUCUCUAGAGAUGUUCUUUUUCUUUUCUUUUUCUCUCCUUAUUUUAAUUCGUCCUUUUUUUAUCGUCAGCUAGGAUUUAUCAAUUCGUUAUAUAUGAGGGUGUGAAUUUUGUUAACCGAAGUGAAAUGAAAAACAAAUGAGAUAGAAAGAAAUUUUGAACAAAAAAAAAUGAUAUAAACUGUAUAGUAUCUAUCAUAUUGAAUCGUACGACGCGACUUUAUUGUGAAUAAUUGUAAGAUUACACGAUGAAUUAGAAAGAAUAGUGAAAGAAAAAAGAUAAAGAAAAAAAGAAAUACGAGAAUUGAGCAAGAUUCAAUAAUAACUAAUCUAUUACUGUACAGUAGUUUGCUAAUAUACGUGUAACUUAAGAUUAAUUAAUAACCAUACAGCACGUAUAAAAAUUAAUUAAAACAAUAAACCUAAAUACCAAUGCAUGAAGUGCAACAAAAAUUUUAAAAAACAAAUAUCGACAGCAAAAUGUCUCACAAUAUUGGAUUAAAAAAAACAAAAAAAAAAAUCUAUACACCAUACAAUUCUCCUACUGUAACUGAAAAAUUUCAUUGCAUUAUUUGUGUAAUUGAUUACCGAAUGAAGUGGAAAGAAAAAAGUUCGACUAAGUCCGAUAUACGUUAUCUGUAUCUAAUAUAUAUGGUCGUGAGUUCCAAAAUUUAUGAUUUAAAAAAAAAAAAACCAAAAAAACAAUAAUAAUUAAUCAAAAAAGAUGAGAUAAAUUAUAGUAUUCAACUUCAUUGAGAAGAGUCGUUGUUUCUACGAACGUUUGGGAGACGUAAUAUUUAGAAGAGGUAAGGGGGAGAAAUUUAAAAAAAUUGAAUUUUCAGACGAUUUACGAUCUCAGUAUUCCUAUGUCGACAUCGUGCUGCAUAUUUUGCAAAGAGAUUUCAAUCUUGAUUCUGAACAAAAUAAGGAAAAGUUACUCUCGGAUUUAUGAGACAGGAAACUGAACUUGGCAAUUCUUGUCCUACAAAAUAAAAUGAAAUAACGUCAAAGAAGUGUCCCCGUGAAAAAUGUGCAAGAAAGAACAAGUAUUGAAACAUAUUAUACGUAAGCCGGAAGUUCCGAGUGUGCUAAAUUCAGAUCGAUGGUCGUCGUGAAGAGGAGGACGAAAAAAUGAAAAGUGUACCAGGUACACAGUGUACCUAUGAUGAAGUAACAAAUGUUACCUGUCUGAAUUGUUUCAAAAACUUGAAGAAACUUUGAAAAACAUUCGAAAAUGAAAAGACAAAAGUGACGCGUGUGCGGGAUCUACGAAACAAUCUCUUAAUACUACCCAAUCAAAUGACUGGUGUAUUGAAUGAGGAAUAAAAAAUUUAUCGGAAACUUUUUAUGAAAAAAAAAAAAAAAACGACAGAUGAAUCAAAUAGAAAUAUAACGUGUCCACUUGAUGGAGAAGAAAAUAAAAUCAAAUCAAAAAAGAUGGUUUAAAAAUUUAUUAGAA